CUUUAAUUUUAACAGAUUUAUAUAAGCUUAUUUUGUUAUUUCUUUGUUAUAAAACUAUAUUGAAAUAUCUGCAACAAGUCAUGGGAAAUUCUGCAUCCACUGACAAAACUCCACAAGCUCCAGCACCAAGCACUGUACCAAGCUACCCCAGUGAAUGUCCUAUGUCUCAAAGUGAAACUGGGGGACAACAGUGUCCGAUGCAGGAUAAAAUUGAUCCAACCAAUAUGAUGCCACCACCAAAUCAAAGACCUUCUCCUGACCAGCCUUUCCCACUUGACACAACACGUGUGGUGUCUAGUAUUCCAAAAGGCAAUGCACCGGAUGGGGAAACAUGGGUUUACCCUUCACAGCAAAUGUUCUGGAAUGCCAUGCUGAGAAAAGGCUGGAGGUGGAAGGAGGAUGAACCUCAACAAACUGAUAUGGCGCACAUCAUAUCCAUUCAUAAUGCAAAUAAUGAACAAGCAUGGCAGGAAGUGCUGAAGUGGGAAGCAUUUCAUGCUAAGGAAUGUCCAUGUGGUCCAAAACUAGUCAAAUUUGGUGGAAAAGCAACCGAUUUUUCACCUCGAGCAAGACUUAGAAGUUGGAUGGGAUACGAGUUACCAUUUGAUCGUCACGAUUGGAUUGUUGAUCGAUGUGGGAAACAAGUUCGAUAUAUAAUCGAUUAUUAUGAUGGUGGAGUCGUGGACCCUGAUACUUAUCAAUUCACCUUACUGGAUGUGAGACCAGCUCUAGACUCGUUUGGAGCAUUUUAUGACAGAAGCAAAGCAACACUGAUGCGUUGGACAAGCUCAUAUAAAGCUGGUGGUGACAGUCGUGUGUAUCAUGAAGGGUCUGAUGCAACAAACAAGCCAAAUAUGAAAACAGUGACUCACAAUGAUUCUGAUAUACCACCCGAAUGCCCAAUGCAUGCAGCAAAGUCUUAAAUUUCUUCUUGCUUUUCAUGUGAACAUUUGAGCUGCUGUUUCAUUCUUAUUUAUUCCUAAUAACUUACCGGUGCCAACAUGCACUGUGACAUUGAAAUACACCCAACAUUUCAAAAA